UGCGCUCGCCCCCUCCCCCGCCCGGGCUGUGGCGCGCGCUUGAUCUCCCCUUCAUUUUUUCCCUCCCCUCCCUCCCAGCCUCGGUCUCUCGCUCCCUCUCUGCCCUGAGAGCUCCUGGCUGCCCGCGGCUCCCUUGCCCUCUCCUCGUCUUCGGUAGGCUCCACCGAGCGAUGCGAUCUCUGGGAGACAGCGACGCCGCCUCCCGCUAGAGACCUGCCCCCUGGGCCGGCCCCCUGCCCAUCCCUGCCCAGCGCGCGGGGGUCGGUGAAGGCGCCGCGGACGCACCGGCGGUUGAGGAUCGGCGAUGCACAUGCACUAGCAGCAGCCCCUAACUCACUCCUUCCACACCCCACGCCGCCUCCUCCUCCGGCAGCACUGGCAGAAGGACCCACCCUGCCCCCCACCCCACCCUCCGCGGGCUCCGGCUGCGGCUCCUGCCUCGACUAUUAUUUUAUUUAUUUUGGGUUGUGCACAAGCCUCCGUGCCUGCAGCCUGCGCCUCCUCGGACUGCGGGCGCCUCCUGCCUCGGCUCCCUAGCCCCAGACCCCGGCCACCCUCGCUUCAACACCCCCAGAGCCCAGCCAGCUGUCGCGAGUUUCCGCUGCUAGAAUCUUGUCAGCAGCUGUCUUUUUGGGGGGUUCUGGUUUCCCGACAUUUUUGUUUUCAGCCAAGGGGAAGAUAGCGUGAUUUUUUUCCCCCUUUGAGCCUAGGCUCUGCUCUCUGGGGGGGUGGGGGGGCGCGCCAAGCCGGGGAGCCUUGCUAGCCGAGUCGUGCGGGCUGUGGCAGGGAAGGGGCCACCAUGGGAUGUACUCUGAGCGCUGAGGAGAGAGCCGCCCUCGAGCGGAGCAAGGCGAUUGAGAAAAACCUCAAAGAGGAUGGCAUCAGCGCCGCCAAAGACGUGAAAUUACUCCUGCUGGGGGCUGGAGAAUCAGGAAAAAGCACCAUUGUGAAGCAGAUGAAGAUUAUCCAUGAAGAUGGCUUCUCUGGAGAAGACGUGAAACAGUACAAGCCUGUCGUCUACAGCAACACCAUCCAGUCCCUGGCAGCCAUCGUCCGGGCCAUGGACACUCUGGGCAUCGAAUACGGUGACAAGGAGAGAAAGGCCGACGCCAAGAUGGUGUGUGACGUGGUGAGUCGGAUGGAAGACACUGAGCCCUUCUCUCCAGAGCUGCUGUCCGCCAUGAUGCGCCUGUGGGGUGACUCAGGGAUCCAGGAGUGCUUUAACCGGUCCCGGGAGUAUCAGCUCAAUGAUUCGGCCAAAUACUACCUGGACAGCCUGGACCGGAUUGGAGCCGCCGACUACCAGCCCACAGAGCAGGACAUCCUCCGAACCAGGGUCAAAACCACCGGCAUCGUGGAAACCCACUUCACGUUCAAGAACCUUCACUUUCGGCUGUUCGACGUCGGGGGCCAACGAUCUGAACGCAAGAAGUGGAUCCACUGCUUCGAGGACGUCACGGCCAUCAUCUUCUGUGUCGCGCUCAGCGGCUAUGACCAGGUGCUCCACGAAGACGAGACCACGAACCGCAUGCACGAGUCCCUGAAGCUGUUCGACAGCAUCUGCAACAACAAGUGGUUCACAGACACAUCCAUCAUCCUGUUUCUCAACAAGAAGGACCUGUUCGAGGAGAAGAUCAAGAAGUCCCCGCUGACCAUCUGCUUCCCCGAGUACACAGGCCCCAGCGCCUUCACGGAAGCCGUGGCAUACAUCCAGGCCCAGUAUGAGAGCAAGAACAAGUCAGCCCACAAGGAGGUCUAUACCCACGUCACCUGUGCCACCGACACCAACAACAUCCAGUUUGUUUUUGACGCCGUGACGGACGUCAUCAUCGCCAAAAACCUGCGGGGCUGUGGCCUCUACUGAUCCCUGGCCUCACCUCCCAGCCUCUCACCGCACUGCCCAGCCUGCCGCCCCCCACCUCCCAGAACCAGAGCCCUGGCACCUUUCAUGCACUUGACAGAAACACAGUGGCCAGCACCAAGGCAGGAGGAGGGACUGUCCUCCACAGCCACCCCACCCCCCACAGCAGAGCGAGUGGUAACCCGGGCGGGCAGGUGCCGAGUGCCCGCACCACCCUGGGACGGGCCGCUGGCUGGCUGCCUGCAGCUCACUGGCCUCGGCUCCAGCUCUGUUUCUGGAGUGUUCGAUCUUGGGGUGGGGGGGGUGUGGGGCCAAGGCCACCGUGUGGCCCAGAAUGGGCACCCCCUGCACUUGGUGACUCGCACUGGAAGUCCCAGGGACGACUCCUGUCUUCUGGGGUUGUGCAGGUGGUAGGGGUGGCCUUGGGGCAGGGUGCUGAGAACCACUGCUCAGCUUUUCCUGGGGUCUCUCUGGGUGGGGCAGCUCCGUCACCAAAAGCCAGGGUGAGACUGGGCCCAGGGCACGUGGGUCCGAGGGCUCAGACCUCAGCAAGUGCCUCUUGCCUCCCUCCCUGCUGCUCUCCGGCCAGGGUGGAAGCCCUACCUUCUCUCUCUGGGCCGCCCUUCCUUGCACACCCUUGGGGCUCCUCGUAGCCCUCCUGGGGAGCUCGCAGGUUGGGAAACAGUUCUAUGACCCAUGACAUAUUGCAGCAGCCUAUGGUCCAUGGGGGGAGGACCCGAAUCCCACGGUGCCUGGGCAGUGUCAAGGAGGGGGUGUGAGGUUGGGGGAGGGGUGCUGAGGGGAAGUAGCCCUGUGUGGACUGCCAUAGGACCUCACACCUCGUCCUUGCAGGCCCAAGGCUGACCCAUCUACCUUCCCCCAUCACCCAGUUUCAGGCAGCAGCUCCAGGUAUCAAUAGCCCAGCAUUUUCUUCUUGAAUUUACAGUGAAUCCAACUUGAACCGGCAGGGGCUGGAGGUUCUGUCACUGGGGGGUCUGGGGGGUGUGGAUACGGCCAAUGCGCAGCUUCGUCUGGUCUUGGUGAAGAAACCAGGGGUGUGUCACCAGCCCUUGGUCCUGCAGGCCCCGGGGGCAGAGGAGGGCUGUGGGCACUGCCAGGGGCCCCCGCUUCUAUGAAGAGUCCUAGGAGCCCUUAGAGGGGCCUUGGCAGAGAUUCCCGAGCAGCAGCGGGUGGGUGACUUCCCGCUCCCCAGGCCCGGCCCGCCUCGGGCCGCGGGCACUUCUCCCUCCCUCUCCAGGCGCCUCCCGCUGGCUGGAGCCAGCAGCCCAGGCAGACCCUGUGUGCUGCGUGACCGGCUCUGCCUGGGGAGCCACAUGUGCCCAUGGGAAGCGAGGGGGCCGCCCUGGAGAGGUCUCUGGCUCCCUGCCCAAGCCCUCUGCUCUUCCAGCCCCCGCCUGGGCGCUGCGCUAACCCAGGGCCAGCUUAGACCCUUGGACUCCCAGUGCUGCCCCCCUGGCUGCCCCGGAGCUGGAAAGAGCCCCUCUCUGCCAGCUGUGCUGGGCUCCCUGGGUCCAGCAGGCCCUCGGCUCUGCGCAGCACUCGGGAGACCCAAAGCCUGGCCCCCAUGGCCCGAAUGCCUGCAGGCUGGGUGCCCCCGGGACGGCCCCUCCGCAGUCGGCUCUCCUGCUGCCGCCCGGCCCUGUGGGAAGUCCCAGGCAGCCAGCCCAGUCCGCUCAGUCCUUUCACCUGUGGGCCAGGCCGGGCCUUGGCAGAGCCCAGCACCUGAAGCCAACAGUCUCCACGUCACCACGGGCAGCCCGGCCCAGGUCUGCCACUUUGCCUCACGUGGAAGACAUUGCUGUCAUUUCCCAGCAUCAUCACCUCGGGAGUCACCAGCUGUGCCCCCACUUCUGCCCUGGGACCCCAUACUCAAACACAGCCACAAGAAGGGGGAGGUGGCCAAGCCCACCUGGGAUGGUGGAAGGCAGUGGCCUUGCAGGCCCUGCCCUCCCUGGUGGCUGAGCUCGCUCGGAGUCUGGGGGAGCAGGCUGCCUGGGGCCUUCCUGCCCCACCCGCUCCAGGCCGCCUUCUCUCUCCCAGACGCUCUGUCCUGCUUCUUGCGCGGCUCUGGGCCUCUGGCCCUCGGGGUGCCCAUGGUUGUCUAGUGUAAACCCUCAAGGAGGGGGUGUUGGGGCCAAAUGCCCUCACUGCGUCGCCCACGCCGGUCAUCACCCUGCGGAGUGACAGCUAAGAUGGCAGAUGAGUUUUGGCUCCGUCGUCUGUGUAGGCGGAGACGUUGUGAGUGGUGUGACUUGGGUGGCCUGUGUUUGGGGGCCAAGGGGAAAGUGAUUUCUAGGAGGUCGCCUUUGCCAAACCCAUGAAAAGUGUGCCCGCCACCCCAAUGCCCCUAGACCAGUUCAGUGCCCUGCCCCAAAUGCCUCCACAAGAGCCAGGUCUUAGCCUUGACACAGAGAACCGAGAGAGGCCCCCACGCUCUUGGGCCUGCUGCGGGGUAGGGCAGCGCCCCAGGCCCCAGGAGGGGAGCUGUUGAGCCUGCGACUCCAGUCUGGGGGUGGUGUGGGCUCUGAGCCCCUUGCCAACAGCUUUGAUCUUCUGGGUCUGGGGCCGCUCCCCACAGAAGCCUAAUGCCAAGGGCCCCGGCCUUUCCUGUCUUCUCUGGCCCCGGCAGAAACUGAGGACCUGUGGCCACAUGUUCCCACCAGGGGGCAGAGCCCAGGCAGAGGGCCACCACCGCACCUGGUGCCAGGAGGCAGCGCUGCCUCCCAGCCCAUCUCUGUGCACCACUGACAGGGGCCGGGGACAGGAUAGUGCCCGGCAGAAGUGAGUCUCCACAGCCCCCCCAGCAGGCAGCAGCCUUCAGUAUGCACCCCACCCAGAGCCUCCAAAACCAGGCCCUUCUUGCCCCUCCAUUCUCCCAAGACAAGUGGGGGGUGCUUACCCCUCUGCUCAGUCCUAAUGCAUUCACAGCGUAUGCCAGGUGUGGCCGGUUCUACAGAUUCUUCCUCCUUCCGGACCCUCCCCCUUCCCCUCGGUCCAGCCUGUGCACUCCUCAGUAAGUAAAUCCACCACGAUCCGGGCCUCAGUCUCCUUCUUCCAGACCAGGCAGGGGCCUGGCCAGCCCCCUCUUCGAGAAGCCUGGAGCACCGAGCCUCUUCCACUGCCUCUGCUCUUCUCUGAGCCUUCUGGAAGCCUCAGGCACAGCCUGGCAGACUUCGGGAAUGGAGGUCUGCAGCUCCCAGGGAUUCAGUCGGGGGUCCCACCGGCAAGCAUCCCCAGACAGUUCCCUACGUCGGCCCACAUGCCUUCAGAGUGAGGGGCCUAGCAGCUCAGGGCAGCGAGACUGGACAUACCGGCCAGACCAGGAAACAGGGCCCAAGUGCAGGCUGUGCCCUGUGAUGGUGGUCAGGCUGCUCGACCCCCAGUGAGGCAUGGGGGGGCUUUCCCUCUGGGGGCUCCCAGGGCUCCAGACAGACCCCCACCUCAGCCUCGUGAAGGCCCCUGUCAAGGGAGGGGCCGGUCGAGGCAGCAGCAGAACGAAGCCCCCCCCCAUUGUCCUCAGUCCCUGGCCCUCUUAGUCACAGGGGUCCCUCUGCAUGGAACAGUUUCACCCCCAGGCCCAACGUGCCAAGACCACCAGCGUGGAGACACCUCUUAGCGGAACCAGCAGUUCCACACACCCCUGCCCGUAGCCCCUCUUCUCCUCCCUGUCUCUGCCCCCCCAUCUUGGUUCUGCCCCAGUGCCCACUGCCUGAGUCCUCUGCCCCCCAAGCUUCCUCCCCACACCACUGCCACCUCUCUGCUCCCCUCCCCCCUCCCAGGCAGGGCGGGCAUGGGCGCCCCUCCCUCCUUAGCAAACCCUCCAUCCAUCUUAGUGUCAGUAGUCCCGCCCUCCACCCCUCUGCUCCCCCCAAUUAACUGUAAUUUUGUAAGUAGAGCGACUCGUGGGUUUAAUAAAUCUCUAGUCAUUGUAAUAACUUAUGGGCUGCAGUCAUGUAUUUAUCAGUCACCUACCAUUAAUAAAAAGUGCCAGCUUUCUCUAGUGUGAGUGGUGUGUUGUGUUGGUGCCCACACCUCCGCCAGGCGCGCCCGCAGGAGCUGGGGCCUGGGCUGCGGGACACGUGGUGGAGAGGCA